AUGCUUGCAGUACUGUUUCUUUUCAUUUCUCUCACGGAUAUUUUGUUGGGAAAAGUGGAAGAAUCCAUUAACUUCACUACCAAAAAUGGUUAUAACUUACAUGGAUGUUAUAAACGAACCGGAAGAGUUUAUAUGCAUAAGACCUACCCACGACAGUACGAAAGAAACGAUUACAGUUUUGAAGAUUUACCUGUAAAUUGGGAUUGGCGUAACGUAGAUGGUGUAAAUUACGCUAGUGUUGAUCGAAAUCAACACAUACCUCAAUGCAAAGGUGGACGGCGUAGUGGCCGAUUACCGCCAUUGAAAGCUUUUUGCACGAGCCAGCAAGAUGCCGGCAAUGCUUACUGUGGAAUCCUGAAGCACGGAUUUUCGCGCUACAGGAAAAGAUUUCUUGUUGGCAAAAACACUGGUUGUCAUGGCCCUUAUUCAAAAUUUGCGCUCCGAAAUUCACAAUUGCUUUUGUAUCAUCUGUUGAUGAGACUUUGCCCAACAUGUUUUGAUUCUGAUAUUAUAAAUAGUUUUGGUGUUGUAGUUUGUAUCUUUAUUAAUAUAGCAAUUAAAAUAUUUGAAAAAAUUUCAGAUUGUGGAUCGUGUUGGGCUUUUGGUACGACAAGUGCGCUAGCCGAUCGUUUCAAUAUCAAGCGGAAAGGAGCAUGGCCAUCUGCUUACCUCUCCAUUCAGGAGGUUAUUGAUUGUGCUGGUUCAGGUAGUUGCGAAGGUGGCGAACCUGGUGGUGUUUACAAGUAUGCCCAUGAAUUUGGCAUACCACACGAAACGUGUAAUAAUUAUCAAGCAAGAGAUGGAACUUGUUCAUCAUACAAUAAAUGCGGUUCAUGUUGGCCUGGAUCAUGCUUUUCGAUCAGUAACUAUACCAUAUAUAAAGUGAAAAAUUAUGGGGUUGUUUCGGGUUUGAAGAAGAUGAAAGCAGAAAUUUAUCAUCACGGUCCAAUCGCAUGUGGCAUUGCUGCAACAAAGGCAUUCGAAACAUACGGAGGAGGGCUUUAUAAUGAAAAAACAGAAGAAGAUAUUAACCAUAUCAUAUCCGUUCACGGUUGGGGAGUUGAUCACAAAUCUGGCGUGCCGUAUUGGAUCGGUAGAAACAGUUGGGGAACGCCAUGGGGUGAAGAUGGAUGGUUUCGAAUCGUAACAUCAGAAUACAAAAAUUCUAGUUCAAAGUACAAUCUGAAAAUCGAGGAAGAUUGCGUCUGGGCUGAUCCUGUUGCAUAA